AUGCAGAAGCAGCUGGAGACUCUGCAAAGGAUUGUCAGUACUCUAGUGAGCAAAAAUGAUGAAAUUCACAACUUCAUUGACAUGCUGAACCAUACAAUAAAGAAUGUUCAGGUAAAUGCCUCUAAUGCAAUCAGUGAGUUGGAUGAAGAAUUUGAUGGUCUGUAUUCCGUGCUGGAUGAGAUGAAGGGGAGUAUGGCCAACACUAUUCAGCAAGAAGAGGCUCAUAAAAUUCAAGCUCUGCAGGAUCAGCUUAGCCAUUGUAAUCGUGCCCUAGAGAGUUCUGAAGAGCUGCUGGAACUUGCUGUGCAGUCGCUGGACAUAAAGAACUCUGUGGAGCUCUUAGAGGCUGCCAGACAGAUCAAAGAUAGUGUCACAGUGGCUUCAGCAUUCCGCAUCUCUCUGAAACCCAAAGUCAGUGAUAGUAUGACCCAUUUGAUGGUGGACUUCACUCCUGAAAAGCGCAUGCUCCAGGCUGUAAAGUUUCUGCCAGUCCCUAAAGCUCCAGAGAUAGACAUAGCAGCAUGUCUGGUUGCAGAUAACUGCAUAACAGUGUCAUGGAGAAUGCCUGAAGAAGAUAGCAGAAUUGAUCAUUUUGUGCUGGAGUAUAGGAAAACCAACUUUGAUGGACUCCCUCGACUAAAAGGUGAACAGCACUGGGAAAUGAUCGACUGUAUUAAAGCUACUCAGUAUACGUUAUCAGGUUUGAAAUUUGACACAAAAUACAUGAACCUCAGAGUACAAGCUUGCAACAAAGCUGUGGCAGGGGAAUACUCUGACCCUGUGACCCUGGAAACCAAAGCCUUUGUGUUCAGUUUGGACAGUACUUCAUCUCAUCUGAACUUGAAAGUAGAAGAUACUUAUGUUGAAUGGGAUCCUACAGGAGGCAAAGGCCAAGAAAAAAUGAAAGGGAAGGAAAAUAAAAGCAGUGGCCUGACUCCUCUGCUGAAGAGCAAUAGAAGAAGCUGUGCAGCGUCCCCGAAGAGGACCCCUAACAGCACAAGAGCCUCGUCCAGGGGCAGCAGGGAUCGCUUUGCUGGUGAAUCCUACACAGUGCUGGGAGACACUGCUGUUGAAAGUGGACAGCAUUACUGGGAAGUGAGAGCCCAGAAGGACUGCAAAUCCUACAGCGUGGGAAUAACGUACAGAAACCCAGGGAAGUUUGACCAGCUGGGCAAGACUAAUUCGAGCUGGUGCAUCCAUAUCAACAACUGGCUGCAAACCACGUUUUCAGCCAAACAUAAUAACAAAGCAAAGACUCUAGAUAUACCUGUUCCAGACAGAAUAGGAGUAUACUGCGACUUUGAUGGAGGUCAGCUCUCAUUUUAUGAUGCAAACUCAAAGGCACUGUUAUACACCUUCAGAACAAAGUUCACCCAACCUGUGCUACCAGGCUUCAUGAUCUGGUGUGGUGGGCUCACAGUGAGUACUGGAUUGCAGGUGCCAAGUGCUGUGAGAACUCUUCAGAAAAGUGAAAAUGGAUUGAGUGGUUCAACGAGCAGCCUAAACAAUAUUGCCUAG